CACUGAAAUCGAGCUGCACGGCUUGCACGAAUAUAAGGUUGCUCGGAGCAUUCCUAUAUCAGAUUGUAGGGAUAACGAACUACCGCCACAGACUAAGGAAGGCAACUUUAUGCUGAAAAAGAUAGAGCAGAAAAAGAAUCCGAGCCACAAUUAAGGUAUUGAAUAUAAAAACCGUUCAUAGAAAAAGUCACCACCAGUUGUAAUCACGAAAUAUAUAAUUGCGUGCUAAGAAACACUACCUGAUUGUUUUUUUCUUUGGUGUGAUUAUAAGAAGAGAAAUCAGUAUUAUAAAAUAUUUCAUAUUCAGGACUUAGGAAAGAUAUAGAAAACACGCAAAUGCAUUAAAUGCUAAAAUAAGCUUGCUCAACAAUGGCAGAUCGUGCUUCAGGAAGAAAUGAAGAGGUACUUCGCAGUAUCGAUUUGGGCCGUACUCAGGUGAAUUUAGGUGACUAUACCAAGGCAAUCGAUUAUUUCCGAAAAUCUUUACAGAUGGCAAAGGCGGUCGAUGACCAAGCAGGUUUGGCAGAAGCCAAUUUCUAUAUGGGUGAUGUUUACCAAAAAUUAGAACACUAUGAAAAUGCCGUCAGCUGUUUGAAAGACAGCUUAGAUAUUAGCACGACUAUAGGCAAUGAAUUAUUAAUGGCAGAAAGCAAUAGCGCUUUAGGUAGUAUUUAUGGGAGUUGUUUAAAAAAGUGGGAAAUUGCAAUUGAAUAUUAUAAUGCAGAAUUAGGGUUGGGAGCAACCAUUGGUGAUCAAAAGCAGAUAGCAAAGGUCAAUUGCAAUUUGGGCGUUUGUUACCAUGAACUAGAAAGAAAUGUAGAUGCAGUUCAAUGUUACAAAGAAAUGUUAAAACUUAUGAGUGCGAUUGGCGACCAGAAAGAAAUAGCUGAGAGCAAUAGCCGAUUAGGCGAAAUCUAUUUUGGUUCCAGUGACUAUGAAAAGGCAUUUGUUUAUUUUAAACAAGCAUUAAACAUAUAUAACGCUCUUGAUGACAAAAAUGGAAUCAAAGAUAUCAGUAUCAAUUUGGGCCGUGUUCACUUAAACUUAGAUCAAUAUAGCGAGACCAUCGACUGUUACGGAAAAUCUUUAGAGAUGGCAAAGAGGGUUGGUGACCAAGCAGGUAUAGCACGAGCCAAUUGUCAUUUGAAUUGUGUUUACCAAAGAUUAAGAGAGUAUGAAAAGGCCAAAAGCUAUUUGGAAGACAGCUUUAUAAUCGGCACGGCCAUUGGUGAUAAGUCAGUAAUGGCACAAAUCAACUUCAGUUCAGGUAAUAUUUUUAGUUCUUUCAAAAAGUAUGAAACUGCAAUUGAUUAUUAUGAGAAAGCAUUAGAAUUUUACACAGCAGAAGGCGAUCAAAGCUCAGUAGCCAGGAUCAAUAACAGCUUGGGAUCUUGUUACAUUUUACUAGGAAAUUUUGAUGCCGCUUUGAUUUAUCACAAAAAGAGUUUAAACUUAGCCAAUACGACUAAAAAUCCAUCAGCGAUAGCACAAGCCAAUAGACACAUCGGUGUUGUAUAUAGACUGUUGGGUGAUAAUGAAAAAGCGAUUGAACAUGGUAAAAAAAGUUUAGAAAUAAGCACUGUUAUUGGCGAGUCGCUUCUGAUAUCAUAUAGUUUCACAUGUCUUGCAGAUGUUCAUCGGGGUUAG